AUGGGCGCACAGGCAGCGUCGGCUGCCUCUAUUUGCUGCCAUGUGGAGCGCUUGCCGCGGCAGCAGUUAAGCGUAGCAGCAGCUCCUGCCAGUGGCCCCAGGCCAGGAUUGCUGGAUGAGAACUUUGAAGAAUUCUACCUGGAGCUGGAGACUGGGGGUGAGCUUGACCAAAGAACAUGGCUGAAAGCUGAGGUACCCAUGAUGUCAAGAGAGUUCAGACAGAGCUGUUGUACAGUUGUCUCCGGAUCCAAAAGUCUUUUUCACCCUUGCAGGAGCAGGGGCUUGAGAAGCAUCUCAAAGUCCUUUGUGGCAUUUCACACCCGCACCUAUGCAAGGUGGUAG